ACUUUUCUCCUAUCUGGAUCCAGCUUGUCAACUCGCAGCGUCUUUUGCUCCCGCGUGCCAUCUAAUCUUUUCGAUCAAAUUAUUUGCUCGCAAGAAGACGUCCCAUCCAACCUCAUUGGGCGCCCUCCUCAAGAGGAACAGGCCAAUGAAGAGCACCAGCGGUGUGACCCGACACUUCACAACGGCAAGACACGUAACUUGACUUUACUACGUAGUACUCUCAGCUAGUUGUUACCCAACGCUGCAGCCACCAUAUCCGAGGCCUCUAAAACACCGUUCAUCCCCGAAUCACAACAUCAGCGCUCUGCUGCACCCUCUUCGAGGCCGACGAGCAUGGAUCCAAGCAAAGAGGGUCUCCUUAACCCGGGCCACAAGCACCGGAAGCCCUACGAGGACCACGAGGAAGUGAGCCGGUCCCGCCGACCCUACGAUGCCCACGACCACGACCACGACUCCGACUCCGACCUCGACGCCACCGACUACCUGACUACACCCUCCGGCGGCGGCGGUUCCGCCAACGAUGCCAAACCCGCAUUCCUGACGGGCCUACACCGCCGGCGCCGGUGGUCCCUCCGCCGGCCGUUCGCGGGCCGCAGCCGGUGCUGCAUCUGCGCGCUCGUCACCGUGGGUCUCGUCUGGCUGCUCCUGGGCGCGGGCGGCGCGUUCGUAUACCGGAAAUACACCGAGGAGCCGCCGCAGGGCCAGUCCCCGCCGUGGUAUCCCACGCCGCUGGGCGGGACCGCGGCCUCGUGGGCCGAGAGCUACCGCAAGGCGGGCGACAUGGUGUCGCGCAUGACGCUGGCGGAGAAGGUCAACGUGACGACGGGGACGGGCUGGAUGAUGGGACUCGCGGUCGGCACGACGGGCCCGGCCACCCUCGUCGGCUUCCCCCAGCUGCAGCUCCAGGACGGCCCGCUGGGGAUCCGGUUCGCCGACGGCGCCACGGCGUUCCCCGCGGGCGUCACCGUCGGGGCGACGUGGAACCGCGAGCUCAUGUACGCGCGGGGCGCCGCGCAUGGCAACGAGGCCCGCAACAAGGGCGUCAACGUGCUGCUGGGGCCCUGCGUCGGCCCGCUCGGCCGUAUGCCCGCGGGCGGACGGAACUGGGAGGGGUUUGGCGCGGACCCGUACCUGUCCGGCGUCGCGGCCGCCGAGACGGUCAGGGGCAUCCAGAGCGAGGGCGUCAUGGCGACCAUCAAGCACUACAUCGCCAACGAGCAGGAGCACUUCCGGCAAGCCUGGGAGUGGGGGCUUCCGCACGCCGUAUCAUCCAACAUCGGGGACCGGGCCCUGCACGAGCUGUACGCCUGGCCCUUUGGCGACGCCGUGAAGGCCGGCGUCGCCAGCGUCAUGUGCUCGUACAACCAGGUCAACAACUCGUACUCGUGCGGCAACUCCAAGCUGCUCAACGGCGUGCUCAAGGACGAGCUCGGCUUCCAGGGCUUCGUCAUGUCCGACUGGCUCGCCCACCGCUCCGGCGUCGCCUCCGCCCUCGCGGGGCUCGACAUGACCAUGCCCGGCGACGGCCUGCGCUGGGCCGACGGCAAGUCGCUCUGGGGCCCCGAGCUGACCAGGUCCGUCCUCAACGGCUCCGUGCCCGUCUCCCGCCUCAACGACAUGGUCACCCGUAUCGUCGCCGCCUGGUACCAGCUCGGGCAGGACGACGAGGCCGCGUGGCCGCGGAAGCCGCCCAAUUUCUCGUCCUGGACCGAUGAGAAGAUGGGCGUCAUGGUCCCCGGUAGCAAGUCGCCGCAGGAUGUCGUCGAGGUCAACAAGUUCGUCAACGUCCAGGGCAACCACUCCUCCGUGGCCCGCCAAGUCGCCGCCGAGGGGAUCGUCCUGCUCAAGAACGACGGAGGCGCCCUGCCCCUCCCGCGGAAGGGGUUCGCCGAGGACAAACUCCGCCGCGAGAUUAGGGAGCGGGUCGUCGGGAAGCGUCAACCGGGCCGCAAGCUGAAGGUAGCGAUCAUCGGGGAGGAUGCCGGGCCGGGCAGGGGUGCGAACUUUUGCAAAGACCGCGGCUGCAACCAGGGCACGCUGGCCUCGGGCUGGGGGUCGGGGGCUGUCGAGUUUCCCUACCUGGUCACGCCGGCGGAGGCACUGCGCGGCGGGUUCGACGCGUCCGAAGUUGAGGUGCACGAGUACCUCGUCGACAACCCGCCGUUAGGCAAGGACAGGGCCGUCUUCGAUUCCCUGGACGUGUGCAUCGUGUUCGCCAACGCCGACUCGGGCGAGGGCUUCCUCACGGCGUCGGGCGUCAAGGGCGACCGCAACGACCUCUUCUUGCAGAAGAGCGGCGACGAUCUCAUCGCCGCGGUGGCUGGCGGCUGCGGUAGAGGCCGCGGCGACGUGGUGGUGGUGAUACACUCUGUCGGCCCCGUCGUGAUGGAGCGGUGGAUCGACCUGCCCAACGUCAAGGCCGUCCUGCUCGCCAACCUCCCCGGGCAAGAGUCGGGCAACGCCCUCGCCGACGUCCUUUUCGGCGACGUCAACCCGUCCGGCAGGCUCCCCUACACUAUCGGCAAGACCCUCGACGACUACGGCCCCGGCGCCAAGGUCAUGUACAUCCCCAACGGCGCCGUCCCGCAGCAGGACUUCACCGAGGGCCUCUACAUCGACUACCGGCACUUCGACAAGCGCGACGUCGCCCCGCGCUUCGAGUUCGGCUUCGGCCUGAGCUACACGACCUUCACCGUCGCCAACGCGGCCGUCCAACCCUUGCGCGCAAAGUCCGCCCUCCCGGCCCCGCGCCCGCCUCCGGCGGCGCACCCGCCCAAGUUCGACGACCGCAUCCCCGACGCCCGCGAGGCCGUCUUCCCGGCCGACAUCCGCCGCCUAGACGGGUACGUGUACCCGUACCUGGAGAAGGGCGACCACGACGACCACAAGACCAGCGGCGGCGGCGACGGCCUCGGGUCGGCGGGGUAUCCCUACCCGGAGAGAUACGACCCGGCCAACCCGCACGCGCCGUCCGGCGCGGGCGGCGGCGAGGGUGGGAACCCGGAUCUGUGGGAGACGUACGCGACGGUCCGCGCCGACGUGACCAACACGGGCGGGCGAGCGGGUAAGGUCGUGGCGCAGCUGUAUGUGGGGUAUCCGCGCCUGCCCGAGGGCGAGGGCCCGGCUGUCGACUUCCCUGUCAAGGUGCUGCGUGGGUUCGAGAAGGUGUACCUCGGGCCUGGGGAGACGGUGGCGGUUGAGUUUAAUGUGACGAGGAGGGAUCUGAGUUACUGGGAUGUGGUGGAUCAGAACUGGAGGAUGGUGGUUGGAGGGAAGUACAGCUUCAUGGUUGGACAGAGCUCAAGGCUCUUGACGGCAGUGGCCGAGUGGUGAGGAGUUUUGGGUGUCUGGAGUAGCCUGGUUUAGCGCUUGCGAGGGAUGGGAGGGAUAUCAGACUUGGCGUUGCAAGGCACUAAGAUUGGUUCUCUGGGCAGACGAUUGAUAGAUAUAACUUUCUUCUGGGCGUAUUUGAAAUGGGUAUUGUUGUCAGAUGACAGAAAACACAUUCAUGUCAGGAUAAUAAGAACGAGCGAGGUGCCAAUCAUCUUCAUUCCAGCCCCUGAAUCCACGAAAUUCCCACCGCGAAACCAAGCAUCCCUUGAAGACCAAUAUACCAUAUCAACAUUUGUUCGCCUGACC